UCAAAGCAAGGGUGAAGAGACGUUGCAUUUGCAAUCAUGUCAGCAAUGCACUACGCAGGACGCAACCUGGCCAUUCUAGUCCUUCUGCAAGGUAUAAGAAACUGACAUUUGCACGUUUUAAUCUGACAGAUAUAUUAGAUAUAUUAUAUGGCCAAUUUAUAACCGUUGAAAAUCGCAUAUCGUGUAUCUCAUUUUGUCUCUUUUUAAUAUUUGUUUUUGUAUUUGCCUUUCGAAACAAAAAAUGGAUUUGAUAAAGAAACCAGACAUAUACUAUUAAACUUAUAUUAAGGUCCGAUUCCACGACGGCUUUUUCUCGGCGAAAUGCGAAACAUUUCGCACGAAAUGAAAUCGUAAAAGUAGAAUGCGCAGUAAAGAUGAUUACUAUAGGCUUCGCGAGAAAAAAUUUCGCUUCGCCAGUGAGUAAAAGACAGUUUCUUCUUAUGCCGGUUUUCCACUUGCGAAUUCUUUCGCGCGAAGCGAAUUUUUCUUUUGUCUUUAUCCAAUUAGUUCCAGAUGGUUCCAGUUCAGAGGCCAAUGACAAAUGAAAAAUUCGCUUCGCGCGAAAGAAUUCGCAAGUGCAUGGAACUACCGGCUUUAAGGCCUGAUUCCACGACGGCGAAAUUCUUCGCGCAAAAUCGUAUCUGCGAAAUAUAUGCAUGACUGCACAUGCAUGAGUGAUUCUAUUGAAUUUGCCUAAUUUAUCUUUACUUCGCAUGGACGAUAUUUCAUUUAAAAAGGGCUCGUGGGCUCAGUCCGUUGCUCACUGUGAAAGCGAAUAAAGUGGCCAAAUUGAAAAGAAUUGCACAUGCGCAAGCAUCCAUAUUUCGCAGACACAAUUUCUCGCGAAAAAUUUCGGAAUCAGGCCUUAACAGUGUUUAAACGCCAGAUAAAUAAUCUGGCGUCUCGUCUGGCGUUCUGUGGAAUCAUGCCUUAAAGGCCCACACAGACCGAACGCGAUUCGACAACGCGACGCGAAUUUUCAGUUUUUAAAACCAAGUAAAACCGUCAACGGAUAAAAAUUUUACAAGCUAUACAGACCAAAUAGGUAAAAUUGCUUAAGUUGUUCCGAAUUUUUGAAAAACAUUGAAAAAUGGUAAAGUUAAAUGUCAUUGAAAAUUGUAAAUUCGCGUCGCGUUGCCGAAUCGCGUCCGGUUUGUAUAUAUAUAUAUAUAUAUAUAUAUAUAUAUAUAUAUAUAUAUAUAUAUAUAUAUAUAUAUAUAUAUAUAUAUAUAUAUAUAUAUAUAUAUAUAUAUAUAUUAUACACCUGCAGUUAAGAAAUUCUCAAACUUGCCCAUAAAUUUGUGUAAUUUAAUUUAAUCUAUAUUUUAAAUUACUGCAUGGUGGUGCAUUAUUCUUGUCGUGUUUUUUAAAAAAACAAUACUUCAGGAUUUUUCGCAGUAUGUGUAUACAUGGAAUUUCCAAUUUGUGUGUUUUUUCUUUGCUUUUGUAGUCUACUGUAUGGUUACAUCCUUAAGAUUGAAAAUUGCAGUGGAAAAGAGCAUCGAAAGCGAUGCGUCCCUUACAAAACGAAGUACCAGCGCGUGUUCUAAUUAUAUAAAGAUUGAUCCAAAUACGAUAUCUUACGAUGCAACUCCUAAACCAUGGGAUCGUUCGCCUGCUGCAACAUUUGUGUCAAACACCGUUACGCAAGGUAAACGCCUUUUCAUGACUAUAUAUAUAUAUAUAUAUAAUUGAUUCAAAUUUGUCGACAUCAUAUAUACUUGUGGUAUAUGUUGGCAUAACACAUAUAUGCACGGUUUUAUGAUUUCGAUGUACGAUAUCCCAAGAUUUUGACGUUUUUCCAGGAAGUCAUUUUGCAUCAAAAAAUGUUAAAUAUUUCAACAACAUAGUCAAUAGAAUAAGAAGUGUAGGAAAAUCGAUGCAGACAUAAUAGACCUCAUUAUCUAUGUUUUUGUCGGUCGGUUCAUCCUCCAACAAACAGAAGUUCACAAACAUAUUAUGUCAUGUGAACAUUUUCAACACUUCCAGACCCUACUUAACCUACCUAACAGUAACACACUACUAUAGAUCAGUUUGAUCCACAUACCACAGAAGCCAUCAUAUACCAAAACUGUAUUAUUUUAGAUAAAUCUAGACAUUGGUCAUUAUUGUUAUAUAAGAAGUCUUUACAUAUACAUCGCCAAAAACCGGAACUUAGCCCUCUAAGGAACUUGUGAUCUUUAAUUAGCGCGUAAUUUGAUCCGCUUAACUUGUAAAUAUAUAUCUCAGUAUUUUUCAAUAGCGUCAUUCCUGAUGAUGCAUGACUGAAACCUAGUCGAAACGUUGAAUAAAAUGUGAACUAUUUUCGGAGUGUCUAUAUUGUUUUUUUGUUUUUUUAAAUUAAUACUCAAUGGCAACCGUAAUUUCGGUUCAUCCUCACGUGUGUAUUGUUCUUUUCGCCCAACCCGGCAACCAAUAUAGCAGUCGAGUCGUGAUAUUAUUACACAAUGGUUAAAUGAAAACAUAGAUAUUGGUUGCUCUAUUGCUUAAAUAGAAUACACACAUGACGAUAAACCGACCUAUUCAGAGAUAAUAAGGUCUAUUAGGUCUGCAUCAAGUUUUCUAACCUAUACACCCUUUACAUAAAUGGCUGCUGAUUAAAAAUUCUUUUAUGUGCAUAUAAAUUGGCCCAACUAGCCUCGUUUCUGGGUAGAAAUUCCUUUAAAAUCUUAACAUGAGUACGAGGCUAGUUAUAAAUUGUAUAUGCACAUAAAAGAAUUUUUAAUCGGCAGCCAUUUAUGAAAAGGGUGUAUAAUUAUUCUGUUGACUAUAUGAUCUCAAGAACGAAGUAGGUGAAAAUAGUAGUUAUUAAAUGUCUUAUUUGGUCAAUUUUAAUUUUCUUUACCGUGAAAUUUCGUCUCAUAAUACUUUAACUUAUAAGUUAAAUAAAUGAAAUUAAAAUUAAAUUAAGGUAUGAACAAGGCUUUAAUGGCCCGUGUACCGGGACUUGGAAACACGACAAUCAGAGAUGUAUUUGACAAAUUGAAGGUGAAUGGAUGUAUAUGCUUACCAUUUGGUGGGGCUGUUCGUGAUCAAUUUCUUGGCGGUCAAGUUCUGGAUAUUGAUGCUGAUACACCGUGCGGGGUGAACAAAGUCGUGCGUAUUUGCAAGGAAAAUUGGGAUUCAAAAUAUUGCAAAGCUCCACACAGGAAGGCGACGUUAAAAAUGUGCAUAUCGGUGAUCAAACUGAAGCAGACGGAGAAGAAAUUGAUUUGGCCAAUUGGAAAAAAACUUUCAUUGAUAAGCUGACCAACUUGGAAUACACCACGAAUUCACUCGGGUACUACGAAGACGACACAAACAACAGAGGCGUCGUGAUUGACCUUCCUGGAUCGGGUGUAGUGGAUACGUGUAACAAGAAGAUCAGAAUUCCUGUUCCGCCUGAUCAAUGGGAGAAUUGGUACAAUCGCGACAGUUGGAAAAUAUUUCGCUAUUGGAAACUUCGUGCGAAAGGAUAUACUGCACCGGAUGACGCGCUACCGUCAUUUAUCAAAAAUAAAACAAAAGAAAUCCUCAAGAUAAAAGAUGGCAUAAAGACAUUCAAAAAGUCGUUUUGCAAGUACGCUUUCUCUGGCGAGUAUAAAAAAUGCGAUGGACGGGAAAACUGUAUUGUUCCACACCCAGCCUGUACAGACUCCGUGCAGCUGAACGAGAAAAGAAACAAGUAUUAUGGACUCAUCGAGGAGAAUCUUGGCGAAUACUGGAAGGAUGAAGCAAAAGCAUUGUUAGAUAACCUCAGUAUUGAAUGUGCUUCUUCGAAGGGGGGAUCCGUCUCUAGUAGUCGGUAUUCUUCAUUAUUGAAUGUGCUUCUUCAAAGGGGGGAUCCGUCACCAGCAGAUUGUAACACAGGAAACAAAACCAACCAGUUUUUAAUCUUGAUUAUCGUUGGUAUGGUUAUCCAGUAUUGUGGUUUACUUUACAUUUGA